CCAAAUCCAAAUCAGUGACUUUUCCUUAACCCUCAAACCCCUGGGCUUCAGCUUCGGUUCUUGCAGCUCGCUCCCCAUCUGGGCCAUCUCUGCGCUUCGAAGUGCAGUCGUCUUCUUCGUUUCCAAUGGUGGAUGAGUCGCAAUAAGAGACCGAUGUAAUGCUUCUGCCAUCUUUACCGGAAGCCAUCUUCAAGAGUUGCAGCGCCGCCUCUGAGGAGUUCGAGAAUGGGUCAUAUGCAAUGUGGCAGGAAUCUUCUGACCCACCUUAUCAGACGCCCUGAUUUGCACGAUCUGGGUCAUGGUAUCCUCCCUUCUUUCUUUAUCGGCCAUGGUGUUAGGUAUAGGAAGUUGGAAGUCAUCCUCACAACGACGAUUGACAAGUUGGGAAAAGCGGGGGAGAUGGUGAAGGUAGCGCCUGGGUACUUCCGCAAUCAUUUGAUGCCCAAGUUGCUUGCCGUUCCCAAUAUCGAAAAGUACGCUUAUCUGAUCCGAGAACAACGUAAACUUUAUAAACGAGAAGAAACAGAGACUAUGAUGGUUGUCCCGAAGACAAAGGAGGAUAAAAUGAAGGAGUACCAAACUGCAGCUAAACGUUUAGACCAUGGUCGCCUGGGGUUAAGACGACUUAUCAGCAAAGACAAUGACUUGCGGACUCCUAUAACUAAAGAUGAGAUUGUGUCUGAGGUGGCAAGGCAGCUGUAUGUGAGCAUUCAACCUGAGAACCUUCACAUGCCGUAUGACAUCACGACGUUGGGGGAGUAUGAGAUACCUCUUCGGCUGCCGAGAUCCAUCCCUUUGCCAGAGGGAAAGGUGCAGUGGACCCUCAAGCUAAAAGUUCGGAGAAAGUGAUGGGAAGAGAUGGAGAGAAGGAACAUGUUCCUGUAUUGACGAUCAAAAUCAUUAAUGUCUUGCCAAAGACUGUAACAAGAAGCCAGUAACAUUUCGUACAUUUCCAGUAAUAAUUUUUUUAGAUAAUCUUUCACGGGAAGACUAGAUAGAAGGAGAGAGGGGGAGGGAGAGACCUACUUUUGGAGGGGAAAUCACGAAAUUCUUGUAUGGUAGAAAGGUUUUAAAGAUUUUGAUGCCAAUGGAAGAAAAAAUUGCCUUGUUGAUGUUUA